AUGCCAUCAACCAAGCUCCUACGAGGCAUCGCGCCUCUAGUAGCGCAACCCUCCUCGGCCGCCGCCCGCCGCCGAACAACCACAUCCCUCCUCCGUCUCCGGCACCAACCACCAUCACAACAACCUCCCCGCCGAGCAGCCCACACCACCACCUCCGGCCUCCGCCCCCGUCUCCAACCCCAAUCAUGGCACCCAACAACACCCUCUCCCCAGCAGCCUAAGCGCACCAUCUUCAUCCAAACCGAACCAACCCCCAAUGCCAACUCCCUCAAAUUCCUCCCCAACCACCCUGUCCUCCCCGAGUCCAUCUCCACCCCCUUCGUAGAAUACCUCUCCCCCCGCUCCACCAUCUCCCCCCCAUACCCUUCCCCCCUCGCCGCAAACCUCAUGAACGUCGACGGCGUCACCUCGGUCUUUUACGGCCAAGACUUUAUAACAGUCACCAAAUCCGCCGACGCCGUCUGGGCCCACAUUCGCCCCGAGAUCUUCUCCCUCAUCACCGAAGCCAUCACCUCCGGCCAGCCCCUUGUCAACAUCUCCCAGCAAUCUGCCUCCUCCCCGUCCACAGCAGAGCAAGAGCAGGAAUCCGGGGAAAGGGACAGUCUAGAAUACGACGAAAACGACAGUGAAGUCGUUGGCAUGAUCAAGGAGCUCUUGGAAACGAGGAUCCGCCCAGCGAUUCAGGAAGAUGGAGGGGAUAUCGAAUUCAGGGGUUUCGAGAAUGGCAUCGUCAUGUUGAAACUCAGGGGCGCGUGCAGGACUUGUGAUUCGAGCACGGUUACGCUCAAGAAUGGGAUUGAGGGCAUGUUGAUGCAUUAUAUUGAGGAAGUUCAGGGCGUGGAACAGGUGCUUGACGAAGAGGAGGAAAUCGCCAUCAAGGAGUUUGCCAAGUUUGAGGAGAAGCUCAAGGCGCAAAAGGGAGCUGUUCCCGAGUCGAGUGGGAAGGGUGGGUUGGAUAGUGUGCCUGGUUAA